AUGAGAAAGAUCUGGUCGUCGCGCAAGGACAGGGACAAGCGCAAGCUGAUGAACCCGGAGCCGGCGACGGCGCCGGCGGCCGCGGCGGGGUCGUCGAUAGCGCCGGCCAAGUUGGCGAUCGCGCCGCCGCUGGCGUCGGCGCCGGCGCCAGACCACUUGGCCCGCUUGGUCCGCCCCGAAUGGGAUCUGACGCCGAUGAAGCACCAAUGGCUCAACGUCGCCCACGGGCCCACCGCCCACUCCGGCGACAUCGAGCUGUCGUCGCGCGCCUACCGCGCCGAGCUCAGAGGGUCCCACUUAUACCUCUACAAGGCGCCGCAGUUCAAGCGGUUCGCCCUCGACGACUCAGUGGGACCCAUGGGGACGCCAUUGACCCCGAAAAUGGACAAGUUUGACGACGUGGCGACGAUGGCGCUGGGCGCAGGCACCGCCGUCGCCAGCAUCGCCCCCAGCACCGCCACCAGCACCAGCGGCACCGUCAGCGGCGCCUCCAUCGGCGCCCCGACGCUCGUGAGCCACCAGGGCGCGACGCCGAUGGGCGCCGCCCUGAGCGCCGCCUCCACCCUUACCCACUCCACCCAUACCGGCCCUUACUCCCAAUUAAACUACAGCACCGCCACUUUGGACGAGCACACAGGAUUCCACAUCACCCACUACUCCCCUUCGAUUCAUCCUCAACUUCAACGGAACCCGGAAACCGGUAAAUUUGGCGUUACCUCAGUGGAGGCUUUAGUGCAUUAUAUGCUCUUUGGCGACGAUACCAAAGCAGUGGCUUCCGUGAUCAACAUUCUUCCAAUUGUGCCGCAGUUCUCUUCGGUGAUGCAAUUGAUUGGCGACUUUGUAACCGCCAUCGCCGAGGGGCGCUUCGGCAGUGUUGAUACCAUCCAAGUAGGGGAACGCAUUCUCCAGCUUUUGGCGAAUAUUGAGGCCAAUUUCGGUGGCUUUUUACUUAAAAAGGACACGGCGCUGCUAGUGCUCCAAGUGAUGGAAGAUAUCCAGAAACCGCUGUUUGCCCAGGACGUGGGAUUGGAAGGGCGCUUGGUACAGUUUAAACUGAAGAUGCUUGUCAAACAACAACAACUAAUGGACUUGAUUAAACCGAAUCAAACAGCUACGUCAGCCACUGCUUCAACCACCACUCAACUGGCAAUGCUGCUGCUGACCACCGAACAGAACCCGUUUAUCGAGCUUAAUCUGUUGGUGUUUAUGAAGGGUAAUUUAUUUGAGCUUGCCCACGCCAUCCUGAAGAUCGACCAGCAGUACUUCCACCAGUGGAACCUGAACAUCGACAAGCUGCUCCUUCUCUUCUCGCUGUUGCUGGACGCGCUGGGGGUGCCCAACUUUUACAAGCGCAACCCGUUGCUCUUCAACAACGACGUCCACAUCCACUACCUUUCGCGGUUGCUCAUCCACCACUUGUUUGUCGAGACGUCGCUGACCAUCGACCGUAAGGCCCGCUUAUUGGAGAAGUGGAUCGACUUGGGGUGCUUGCUCGAUAAGCUGGGUAACAUGCUGCUGUGGCUUGGGAUUUCGCUGGUGAUCUUGAGUCAGCCGGUGUUGCGGCUCAUCAAAGUGUGGCUGCUUGUGCUGAGCGACUACGUCAAGUUGUUGAAGAACGACUGGUGCCCCGUGCUCUUUGAGCUUGACCGGCGCCAUCUUGCCACCGACCGCAAACCUGACGACGAAGGCGGUCCCGAAAACUUGGCCCGUGACCUGUACCACAUUAUGGCUCCUCGUGGGUUGGGCAAGAUCUACGCUAAGGAACACGUCAUCCCCUACUUUGGCGAUCUUGUGAUUAACAACGAUAACCCUGACCCGCAAACAGUUAACGUCGACGAGCUUCAGGCGGUGUGGAAGCGCAUUAACUACCUGUUCUCCCGCUGGAACGAGUACUUGGCCAACUUGACGAACUAUACUGAUAUCAUCAAGUACAACGAAGAAGUGCUUCAGCGGUACGACGCCAUGGGUUUUAUCUUCUCCAACGAGCUGCUAAACCAGGUGCUUUACCUCGGCGUCAACGGCACUCUCGAUGACCCGCCGGCGCUGCAGAACCCGGCGCCGCCCCGUGACGACGUCGCCAUCAACGCCCUCCACGCCAAGUUGGUGCGCCUCAUCGACAUCAACACCGAGCUGAUCAACUUGGACAAGAUCAUGAAGCUCUCGCUCGAGCUCGAGCCCGACUUGCCCGAGCUGUACCUCAAGCCGCCGGAAAAGCCGCACGCCGUGUUUGCCCACAACCACCUGCUGCUGCUGGUGCUGGUCCACCUGGUGGAGCUGGGGAUGCUGGUGCAGCCGCUGAUGAUCUCGGGCCCGAUCAAGGCCGACCGCGGCUUCAACCGGUUGCCGCUGUUCAACAACGACUACUUGAAGGUGAGCUUGGAGAAGUACGAGUCGCCGGAACCGGUGCCCUCUGGCGACUUAGUGUUCCGCACUGAAGGGGCUCGCGACCCGCAAAACGGUACUACUGCCACCCAGGCGCCUGCGGCCGAUGAAGACGACGACGAUGUCCCUGGCUUGGGCAUCGACGUCGACGACUUGCUUAAUCUGGACAAAUGGCGUAGCCAACGCCGCGACCCCGCUACCUCGGCAAAUGACGACGCUACCACUGUCGACGUCGUCCUGGCUCGCCACGUACCCAGAGCGGGGACUAUCGAUAAGUUGAUUGACCUCUUAUUGAUUGACGCCAAGUACUUCGAAGAGGGCGUCCACAUCGACUUGACGGAGUACCGGUUCGUGUUCCUUCUCAACUACAACCUGUUCAUCAGCACCAAGGAUCUUUUGGACAAGUUAGCCUACCGUUUCAUCAACAGUGGCAACGCCGUGAUCCUGAUCAUGAAGCAGAUGCUGCCGCUGUACCAGGUGCCUCCCGGCGAGUUCCCCAACUGGCAGCUCGACACCCUGGUGGAUCUCAAGGAGCUCGGGCUGGUCGACUACGAGUUGUUGCUUAAGAUCCAGAUCAACAUCUUGAAGGUGCUUAUAGUGCUUAUCAACAACUUCUACGGAAACUUUUCGGUGGAGCUCAUCAACAAGCUGAUCCUCAUCAAGUUGCUUAAAUUGUUUUCCAACGAGAUUUUACAAUGGUACAACUCCAACAAGAUUGCGCUGCAGAACUUGGAAAAGCUGUUUGAGAACUUAGUCAAUUACUACAAGAAGCUCAAGAAGUUGUUUGUGAAGAAGCUGUACCGCCCGGUGGAAAUCUCCAAGUUCGACGAGUACCUCAUCAACGAGUUCAAGUUCAAUAACCUGUUGCACGAAGUGCCCAUCAACCGCAACCUUCCGGGGCACAAAAACACUGUUAAGAUCGAUAAGUUCUUGCUGAAGUUCAACAAAUUGUUGACGGUGUUCUACCGCGGCAUCACCAUCGAUGACUGGAUGAAGGUGAACAAGGCGUUGGAGCUGUUGUUUGAACGCAACCAGUUGCUCGACUUUAAUUUGCAGAAGCUGCUGACUCCCGAGGAGUUUGUCAUCAUCUCGAACGUGUUCAACUACUUCGAGCUGUUGGUGGACCAAGAUAAGCUGCUUAUCCUUAAGAAGUUCCCUCUUGUUUUCCGCAAGCUUUUUAAGUUGUUCUUCAAAUUCAGACUGUACUUGCUUAUCCAGCUUACUGACGCCAAUAUCCUGGUGGAAGAACGGCUUGACCGGAUGAAGACGCUUCUCAUUAUGGUGCGGAUCUCUCAGGAUAAGAUGCGCAACGCUCCUCAAGUGUAUGAAGGCGAUAGCCGCACCCAGAUGAUCCCGCUGUGUAUUGAAACCGCGGUGACGACGGUGAUCUACCUGCCGGAGCUGAGAGUGUACAGCCAGUACUGGUUGCGGGCGGCGGCGCUGUUCUUUGACGAGCCCCCGGCUCUGUUUGACAACUUGGAGCUGUUGCUCCCUCCCUCGGUGCCGAUGGACGACGCUCUGGAACCGUUGUUGCCCUGCUUUGGUUGGAUUAUCGAGAACUUGCUCCAAAUCAAUACCGUGCCCCUGUUUGUUGACGGCUCCAUGAUCAACUUCCUGAAGCGGUACUUGGUGUUCCGAUUCCUCAAGCUGGUGGAAGCCCCCGACCUCAUGGGCGACAUCGAGCCUCUGUCCGACGACACGCGAGAGUUUGACUUCUUGCUUAAGCUUGACGAGGCGCUUGUGGCUCAAAAUAGUCUCACAAUCGGUGACUAUCGUGACCCCCACAACCGCGAGCUGCGGCGGCUCUUCCGCCUGGUGCUCCAGCGCCAGCACGACAUCUUGCUUAGAGACUACAAGAAGAAGCAGAUGCGCGACCAGAUGACCCACUUCUCGGGGCUGGUGCCGCCGCAGCAGCUGCCGUACGUCACUCUGUUGCUGCUGACCAACAAUAUCUUGACCAAGAAGUCGCUGCAGCUGCUGUUGCGCCGCCAGUCGUUGCUGUACAAGCUGAACCUGCUGCUGCGGUUUAAGAUCCUGGGCUUCUUCUCCAAGCUGCGUCCAUUCUCGCUUAAUGGCGGCCACCACAACAACGCCAGCCAGCAGCAGCAGACUCAGCAACCAGCGCCUCCAGUAUCGGCUCCGCAAACUCAGCCGCCGCCUCCACCGAUUGCUGAGCGCGUGGUCAGCGAACGUGAGCUCCCCCACCAGCCGGAGAUCGACCCUAAGCAGAAACCCAGUGUCGUGAUCACGUUGAAGAACCGCAAGAUCUUCCCCGUGUACCUCACGCCGCUCUGCUUCAAGGUUGACGGCGACAACGGCGAAGACUUCUUUUUCCAAGCGCGGCUGGAACCCGACUUCAACGACUGGUUGGUGAAGCUCGGGUUUGCCAACCGCCACUGGUUCUUCUCCCGCAUGCUCAACCACCCCAAAUUGCCGUCUAACCUUACUUUCGGGGUGCCCUUGGCGGUGGCUGCCGCUCGUGACGCCGCCCUUGUCCCCCACGUGUUGACGGCGAUGAUGAAGUAUAUCGAGGACGAAGGCAUCAACGACGUCGGCGUCUACCGCAUUCUGUGCCUGGUGCUGGAAUUGACCCAGUUGAAGAACACCAUCGACAACACCGGCACCUUGGACUUGUCCCCCGACUCCAACAUCGACGUCCACGCGGUGACACUGGUGCUCAAACUGUACCUCCGCGAGCUCCCCGAUGCCCUCUUGACGGACCAAGUGAUUGAAGGCUUAUUUGCUGUGAAACAAGAGGCCAACGACGACGAGAUGGUGGAGGUGACGCUGCUUGCCGACUACACCGGCCCUGGGGUGGUGCUGCGGCUGGAACUCGCCCAGUACCAAGCGGUGCUUAAAAACUUGCCCACUACCAACUACCACACGUUGCGGGUGCUUUUGCUCCACCUCACCGCCAUCGCCACCAACCAGGCCACUAAUAAGAUGACGCCGCUGAACUUGGCCACCGUGAUUGGACCUGCUUUGACAGAAGCGCUGCUGCUUGAUAGUUUAGUCAACAAGUUUGGCUACAUCAACCAGGUGUUGGAGAAAAUGAUCGUCAACCUGGAGCAACUUUUCGACCCCGAAUACGCCCAGACGCUGAAGCAGCAGAUCAUGGGCGGCGGCACCAUUGCUACUGUCACCGGCACCCCCGUCACCCCUGCCUACCCGUCCACCAUUAUCGGUACGCCCGUGCUCAACCAGCACUCGCGCCCGGCCCACCUGUUGGACAAGAUCGACGACGCCGACGAACGCGACCCCAGCGAUGCUGACGACAGCGGCGACGAGGCGGUGCCCCACCACAGCCACGGGCGGGCGAUCCUGGCGCCCCAGCUGGACGACGAGGAUCCUAGAGGCACCAUUGCCGGGUCGGCGUCACCCCCCUCGGUCGACGCCCUGGGCCUCCCCACCCCAACCAUCAACGACGAAGAUUAUAGUGUCAAUGCGUAA